AUGAGGAAGAGAGACGCUGCCUUCUGCCUUCUGCUUUUGCCAGUUUUUUUGACUCAAGCAGUGUAUGGACAAAGAAAGAAAGGACCAAAGCCAAACACACUGACAAGGAAAAAUGACUUCCGGGACACGGUUUGCUUCAUAGACGUUGUCUUUAUCUUGGACAGCUCGGAAAGCUCUAAAAUUGUCCUCUUUGAUAAUCAGAAAGCUUUUGUGGACAGCUUGAGCGAGAGGCUUUUCCAGUUGACUCCUGGUCGUUCAUUGAAAUACGAUAUCAAACUGGCAGCCCUUCAGUUCAGCAGCUCCAUCCAGGUCGACCCACCAUUGUCUUCUUGGAAGGAUCUACGGACAUUUAAGCAGCGGGUCAAAUCUUUGAGUUUAAUUGGGCAAGGUACCUUCUCUUAUUAUGCCAUUUCCAAUGCCACAAAGCUACUUAAGAGAGAAGGACGUAAAGAUGGUGUAAAAGUGGCUUUGCUGAUGACGGACGGCAUUGAUCAUCCCAAGAGUCCAGAUGUCCAAAGCAUUUCUGAAGAUGCUAGAAUUUCAGGAAUAUCAUUUAUCACUGUGGGACUUUCCACUGUGGUCAAUGAAGCCAAACUUCGCUUGAUAUCUGGGGACGCAUCCAGUGAACCUGUUCUACUAUUGAGUGAUCCAACCCUUGUAGACAAAAUCCAGGAACGCCUGGAUGUCUUAUUUGAAAGGAAGUGUGAACCCAAGACCUGUGGAUGUGAGAAGGGCGACCCAGGCGACCCAGGGCCUCCCGGUACACAUGGAAAUCCUGGUAUCAAAGGUGAGCGAGGACCAAAAGGAAAUCCGGGUGAUGCUCAGAAAGGAGAAACAGGAGAAAGAGGUCCUGGGGGGAUUCCUGGCUACAAGGGUGACAAGGGUGAACGAGGAGAAUGUGGUAAACCAGGAAUGAAAGGUGACAAAGGACUUCCGGGGCCUUAUGGACCAAAGGGACCCAGAGGAAUUCAGGGCAUUGGUGGACCUCCAGGUGAUCCAGGCCCAAAGGGAUUUCAAGGAAAUAAGGGUGAGCCAGGUCCUCCUGGUCCUUAUGGUCCCCCAGGAGCCCCUGGUAUUGGACAGCAAGGUGUUAAGGGAGAAAGGGGCCAGGAAGGAAGAACAGGAGCCCCAGGACCAAUCGGAGUUGGUGAACCUGGACAGCCAGGUCCCCGGGGUCCUGAGGGAACACCAGGAGAGAGGGGCCCACCAGGAGAAGGGUUUCCAGGACCAAAGGGUGAAAAGGGUUCUGAAGGACCAAUUGGCCCACAAGGAUUGCAAGGCCUGUCAAUCAAAGGAGAUAAGGGGGAUUUGGGACCUGUGGGCCCCCAGGGACCAAUGGGUGUUCCUGGUAUCGGAAGUCAAGGAGAACAGGGGAUGCAAGGUCCAAUUGGUCCACCUGGUCCACAAGGACCCCCGGGACAAGGCUCACCUGGUUCCAAGGGAGAAGUAGGCCAGAUGGGACCCACAGGCCCUAGAGGACCAAUGGGAGUUGGAGUACAGGGUCCAAAGGGGGAGCCGGGUGCAGUGGGGCUUCCGGGACAGCCUGGGGUCCCAGGAGAAGAUGGAGCUUCUGGAAAAAAGGGAGAAGCUGGGCUUCCAGGAGCAAGGGGCCCAGAAGGAAUGCCUGGGAAAGGGCAACCAGGCCCCAAGGGCGAUGAAGGAAAGAAAGGGAGCAAAGGAAAUCAAGGACAGAGGGGGUUUCCAGGACCCGAGGGGCCAAAGGGAGAGCCGGGCAUUAUGGGCCCAUUUGGAAUGCCUGGAAUAUCCGUUCCUGGACCAGCUGGGCCUAAGGGGGAUCGAGGAGGACCUGGGAUGCCCGGUCUUAAAGGAGAACCUGGACUUUCUGUCAGAGGACCAAAGGGUGCCCAGGGUCCCCGAGGACCAGUGGGUGCUCCAGGACUCAAAGGCGAUGGCUAUCCUGGUGUGGCUGGACCUCGAGGAAUGCCAGGACCCCCUGGACCAAUGGGCUUACGUGGUGUGGGAGACACUGGAGCAAAGGGAGAACAAGGGGUCAGAGGCCCUCCAGGUCCUUCUGGGCCUCGGGGCAUUGGAACCCAAGGGCCGAAGGGUGACACUGGGCAGAAAGGCCUGCCUGGCCCUCCUGGUCCCCCUGGUCAUGGAUCACAAGGAAUUAAAGGGGAGCAAGGACCUCAAGGUUUUCCAGGGCCAAAGGGUACAGUGGGUCAUGGCCUUCCUGGCCAGAAGGGAGAUCAUGGAGAACGGGGUGAUGUGGGAAAGAAAGGCGAAAAAGGAGAAAUUGGAGAACCCGGAUCUCCAGGAAAACAGGGAUUACAAGGACCAAAAGGAGACCUGGGACUUACGAAAGAAGAAAUUAUCAAACUUAUUAUUGAAAUAUGUGGUUGUGGGCCCAAAUGCAAAGAGACUCCACUAGAGUUGGUGUUUGUGAUUGACAGUUCCGAAAGUGUGGGGCCAGAGAACUUUCAGAUCAUCCAAAAUUUUGUGAAGACUCUGGCUGACCGGGUAGCCCUGGACCUUGCCACAGCCCGGAUAGGCAUCAUCAACUACAGCCACAAGGUGGAGAGAGUGGCUGGCCUGAAGCAGUUCUCCAGCAAGGAUGACUUCAAGCUGGAGGUGGACAACAUGCAAUACCUGGGGGAAGGCACCUACACGGCCAGUGCUCUUCAAACAGCCAACGAUAUGUUCAAGGAGGCAAGGCCGGGAGUAAAGAAGGUGGCCUUGGUGAUCACUGAUGGACAGACAGAUUCCCGAGAUAAAAAGAAGCUGGCAGAGGUGGUGAAGGAUGCCAAGGACUCUGACGUGGAAAUAUUUGUGAUUGGAGUGGUGAAGAAAGAUGAUCCCAACUUCGAAAUUUUUCACCAAGAAAUGAAUCUCAUUGCGACUGACGCGGAACAUGUUUAUCAGUUCGAUGACUUCUUUACCCUGCAAGAUACUCUGAAGCAAAAAUUGUCUAAAAAAAUUUGUGAGGAUUUUGAUUCCUAUCUCAUUCAAGUAUUUGGAUCAUCAUCCCUACAGUCUGGAUUUUGGUCGUCAGGCCAAGAGCUCGACACAUCCACCCCAAAGCCCACAGAAGAAGCUUCUGAGUCGUUUAAUGUCUCCAGAGGCCAGAAUGAAGAGAUUGAACCUUCCGUGUUGACUGAGGCUGGUAACUUGGCUGUCCCUACCCCACCUGAGACCACCACAUUUGAGCCAUUGCUCAUCAGACCCGAGGGAAUGGAAAUCAGAAAUCCCAAUUUGAUUUUACAGUCAGAAAAGUCUUUGUACAAAGACCCAAGAUGCGGGGAAGCCCUGAAACCUGGAAACUGUGGAGACUAUGUAGUUCGAUGGUAUUAUGACAAACAGGUCAACUCUUGUGCUCGCUUUUGGUUCAGCGGCUGCAAUGGCUCCGGAAACAGAUUCCACAGUGAAAAGGAAUGCCAAGAAACCUGCAUUAAAUGAUGAAGAAGGGCACUAGCCUGCUUCAUGCAGCAGUUUAGAAAGCCCAACACAAACCGUGUACCACAUCAGCACAUACACUAAAUAGUGAUAGUUCUUAAGUGCAUAGACUACUCACAACUGUUGAAG